AAUAAUAAAAAUUAACGUAAUUUAAAAUAAUAUAAGUAACUUCAGUUUAUGUUGAUAAAAGUAACUUGAGUUAUUAAGAAAAAUGUAUUUUGAAGCAUGUCGAUCGUCAAUUAUAUUCAAGUUAACACAACUAACUGAUUUUUCUACAUAUUAUUCAUUAAUUUUCCAAAUACCAUAACUAAUUAGGCAAUUUUUAACAGGUAGAUCAUAAAACAUCAGCAUCAAGAAUCAAGAUGAAAGAUAGAAGAACUGCGCAGUUGCAAGUAAUUCGAUGAUAAUCAAGCUCAAAAACUCCGCCUGAAGCAUCCCUUCAGUUUCACCAUCAAUUCAGUUUGCAGGAAAUAGUAUUUCUCUGUCAGGACAGCAGUGUGCUCUUCUAUUUUUCACCUCGUGACCGGAGUCAACGAAAAGCAACAGUUGGCGGAGCUUCAGAGCGAGGAGGAAAUAACUAUGCCCGAGUAUUGUUGUGACAAGAACGUGUAGCUCGCGUGGAAAGAGAGAGAGAGAAAGAGAGAGAGAGCAAAUCGGAAAUCGCACAUGCGUAAGAUUCGACGAUAUAGAGCACCAGAAGAAGACAGUCGCGCUUAAACGGCGCCCAGCGUCAGACGUGUUAGUGCGUCGUCAGAGACAGUCGAUCAUCCAAUCUAUCCAAGAAACAGUUACCUCUUCACCAAAAGAAUCUUAAAACGAAGAUCCAGUUAGAGCGAAGAAGAAAUUAUCGUCACUUAUGGCCGGAUAAAUCUUUGGUUGGGGUUACUAAUGAUGGGAAUCAGGGAUGGUGCUUUGAACUUUCUUCAUGAAGAUUUCCACCACUUUUGCAUUUUGUGACAUAGGAGAACGCUUUUGAGGAUUAUCGAAGUAUUUCUUCAGAACUUCUAUCUGGAAUGAAACGACGAUUCUGAUAAAUUUUGGAUUCAUCGAAGCAGUGUUAACACAUCUUUUGCCAGCUUCUAUUGCAUUCCGCCGAGCAGCUUCCGGUUUUUUAAUGCCUAAGAUAUGAGAUCACUUCGUUAUUAAACUUAAAAGUUCAAAUAAAUUUCUAAGGAGGCUGGUUAGAUAAAAAUAUGUGCCAAAAAAUAUUCAUGGCAAUUAUGUUUCCUUGAAGCUGACUUCCUUCGUAUUUUAUGUUCUUAAAAAAAAAAAAGAAAGAAAAAGAAAAAAAGAACAAAUGUGAAAGAGAAGAAACAGAAGAAAGAAGUACGGAAUCUGGCGAGUGAACACAUAAGCGGCAUUUAUUAAGGUCGUCGGUGGAAAUUCGCGGAGCUCGAGACGAGUUUAAUGUUCUCGAAUCCAUGCUGCUAGAUAAAUACUAUCAUAAACGACGGCUCUUUGGAUCGCCUGUUGGGCAGUUGAUGCUUUUAUAAAUAAGCUCCAGAAUCCGUUUCUGGUGUUUCUAAUCGUCCCAGGAAAACAUUAGUAAAGGUACGGAGAGUAGACCACGAGUGCUGAUUCAAAGACCAAACGGAAUAAGACGCAACUGGAACAAUGAAUGGCUACGAGAACGUAGACUUUAACAAACCUGUGAGCCUCAGCGAUCAGAAGCGAAUCCUGAAAAUGAAAGCUGACCAGUGCCAUAAGGGCAACAUUUCAUCUUCUGGCUGGUGCCCGGAAGUUUGGGAUGAGAUAUUGUGCUGGCAAUCAACGGCACCUGGCGAGUUGGCCAUCCUGCCCUGUCCAUCUUAUAUCACUGGGUUUGAUGUCCAGGCGAAUGCAUCCAGAGAAUGCAUGUCAGAUGGCCAGUGGUUUUGGAAUAGUAGUACCAAUAGUACUUGGAGCAACUACAGUCAAUGCUACAGAAAUUCAUUGGUCACUGUUGUAAUGGCACUGCCCGGUGGUCAAAAGAACAACGGCACUCUUAUUAAAAAAUUUUUUCCGAUAGUAAAGACCAUCUCGAAAGUCGGCUAUACCGUCUCUCUCUUCACCCUGGUGAUAGCUUUCUUAAUUUUGGUUGUGAUCAAUUUAUCCCAAAUUGGACGUAGGAAAUUGAGGUGCCCCCGGAAUAUGCUGCACAUGCAUUUGUUCGCCUCGUUCAUGCUCCGCGCGUUUAUGGCGCUGAUGAAGGACAUACUGUUCGUCUCUGGAAUCGCCUUAGCCUCAGAUGUUAUGAUAAAAAAUGGAAACACAUAUUGGCUAGUGGACGAGAAAGAAAACAGCUGGCUGUGCAAAGUGUUCACCAGCUUCUGGCAAUACUUCAUCCUUGCAAACUACUUUUGGAUACUAAUGGAGGGUCUCUACUUGCACAACUUAAUCUUUCUAGCACUCUUCACCGAUAUAAACUCAAGCAUCAUUGGCUACGUUUGCCUCGGAUGGGGUCUGCCAGCUGUAUUCGUAUCGUGCUGGAUAGUGACGAGAGUGACUCUUGAUAACAAGUACUGCUGGACCACUCAUGAAAAUUCCAACCUCUUCCUCCUUAUUCGAGUUCCGACUAUGCUGUCGAUUCUGAUCAAUUUUGGGCUGUUCGUCAAUAUCGUUAGAGUGCUCCUGUUGAAGCUCAAGUCCACAGUAUCGGAGGAGACGCAAAGAUACAAAAGGUGGGCGAAAAGUACAUUGGUCCUGGUGCCACUUUUUGGAGUACAUUAUACCGUUUUCUUAGGCAUGUCUUAUAGUAUUGGUGUAGAUGAGACUGUUGAAGUUGUGUGGCUCUUCUGCGACCAACUGUUCGCUUCUUUUCAGGGUUUUUUCGUGGCCGUUUUGUAUUGUUUCCUGAACGGUGAGGUGCGAACCGAGGUAACCAAGGCGAUCAGGAGCCAGAAAUUGCCUCGUUUUCGCACUAGGUGGAACUCAAGACCAUCCACCCACUCUAACAGCACGUGCAGCUGCAAUGCAUCAAAACUUGGUAGACGGUCAAAGCGGCCACGUUGGUGGAAAGAACCUUGGCUCUGUUUUCUUCACGACAGGACAGCUCGACGCUCAACCCACUCGAUGGCGAGUACACAAGAUAUUGGCACGCGAGGAGGUAGUUUAGCGAGCAGCAGAGGUUACUUGGAAAUCGCAGGGAACGGACAGAGCGCAUAUCCGGGAAAUCAGGAUCAACAGGCGAAUCACACGUCACCCCUCUACAGUAAAUACACGGAUCAAUCGUUACUUUCCUUUUGCUCGAACGUUUCGGAAGUAACACCUUGCACAGGACUCAAUACAGAUAGAAUUCGAGAGCAGCAUUGUUGGAGUGAUUCAGAGUGUUGUCAUCUCGCCUACGAGCUACACAAUUUACAUCAUGGGCCCUCAUAAAUCCUGUAAUCAGAUUUAAAUCAGUUUACUACUAAGACUCUGCGUGCAAACAGCUGAUAAAAAUAAUGAGAAAAUUUCUUCAGUGGAAGAACGUGUACUAUACACGAUUAUUAUAAAACAUAUGAAGACUGUAAAUCCAUCAACGGUCCGCCAAAACUGUUUUAACCAUAACGCUGCUAGGAAGUCUUGAAUAGUUCAACAUCCACAUUUCUUCUACUGCUUUUGUAUUACUCUAUAUUUUUUCUAAUGAAGUUAGAAACCCAAACGAGGGAAGAUGGACUUACAAAAUUUCUAUUUUUGUAGAUGUUACUAUUGAAACAAAAUCUUUUUACCAAGAAAUAGUAAACUUCUAUGUUUUUAAUACAACUGUGACGUAUAAUAUUUGCAUUAUAAUUGUUAUACAAAGGUUUCUAAAGGAUUUCAUUAAGUUUUACUAUAGAGUGAUUUACGAAACAAUUUAAUUGACAAGUAUUAUCACCGUAGGGUAGUUAAUACGAUUUAACGCUGAACUGUAACAGUGAUAAAUGACUUGCCAGUAUUACUAUGGCCAUUUUGCUUUAAAUUGCUAACUGUAAGCUUAAACACACACGUUUAAUCUUUACAAAAAUUCUUAUAUUCUAGAUAUACGAACUGCAUCAAGUUACGUUAGUCCAACAGUAAAUACAUGUGAAAUUAUAAUAAUUUAAACUGGAUAUACAUGUCGCUCAGAAAGUUCGUUCCGAUUUUUAAGGAAAAUUCAAAUGCGGCACAUUUAAAUUUCCAUAUACAUUUAUUGAAUUAUAUAAGUGUCAUUUUGUUCCACGACUGUUUCACUGUUUCAACUGAAACACAAUUGUUUCUCUAUCUUUCACGCAACUUCAAUAUUCCAUUCUUCCAGGACUUUCAGGUUUUUCGGCGCAAAACUUUUCAAUAUGAUUUUUUACGUCGACCAAAGAGUCGUUAAAGCUUUUGCCACUAAGGGAAUUUUGUAAUGAUCUAUAUAGGUGAAAAUCUGAGAGUCAUGUCUGAUGAAUACGAUGAGAGGAGUAGCACAUCCCAACCAAGCUCCAACAGCGUUAGAAACUAACUAUAAAACUAAGAAAAAUUAAUGUCACCUAACAAAACUAUUAUAUGAUAUACAGAUUAUUAAUUAUGUGUAUACAGAUUAUGUAUAAUUUGAAAACUUAUAUUAGGAAAAAAUACAUUCAAAGAAUCAUAUAAUUACAAAAAUUUUAUGAUGAAUUAUUUGCUGGUACGUCAGAAUAAUAUUCUUAAAUGUAAAAACGAAUUAACUGUCGUGUUCUAUGUUAAUCUUUAGUAAAUCACGGCGAGAAGAUUUAUACCUGACAAUUAUAAUACGUAUCUCGUUCUAUGUUAAUAUCAAUCUAUUCAUAUUGUUCAGUAUUGAUUAAUUUAAAAAUAUUAGAACGAACGUUUUGAUAAUACGAGGGAACUAUAUUGGGAAAAAACGCUUUUCGUGCAAAUAAUGUAGAAUUUUCAGUGAAGGAAAUCGGCGAGAAAAAUAAAAAAUCAGUAGCAAUUUUUAACGUUAAUAUACGUAUUACGAUAUACAUUAACUUUCUGAGCGACCAAAUAUUAAAUAUUUUAUCAUAUAUCCACUUUUAUCUACCAUGAAUUAUCAUCCAUUUUCAUUGGAAUAUUCACCAAUAGUUUUGCGAAUACUGCAAAACGUGUAUUUGACAAAAUUACGACUGUCUAUCAUUGAAACAUAAUAUAUCCUUCGGAGAUAAUAGAAUGGUCAUUUUCGUAUUGGCAAAGAAUUCGUUCUAUCAGAAUAACACGGUUUCCCUUGCAGUUGUACGUUGUUCAUGUGGGACAAGUUGUAAUCGAAUUAUAUCGGUGUUCGUUCCCAAUGAGUCCUUUUUAUCGUUUAUCGCUUUGCAGGAAUAAAUGUUCAUGAUGUUUGUGUUAGUGCUGUAUAUUAUAAAAAUAAAAAAGAAUAAGUGUUUCUAUAGAUAUGUGUCGGUGGAUAUUUAUUGUACGACUAGAAAAUAAGAAACUAUUGGCUAAUAAAUCUAUCUUCCCUCGUUUGACAUUGCACUGUGGAUAUACUUAUAAUAAAUUAAUGAUGACAAAUGUUUUUCAAGACUUUUCAGCAGUUAUUUUUUACAUAAUAAUAUAUCUCAGAUUCUUUAAAAUUGUAAACUGGAGAUUUUAAACUUAAAGACACACGUUUAUUUUUUUAUACAUGUUCUUCUAUCCUUUGACCUGUAGAUGUUAUAUACACUGCAUCAGGAUCUGCUGAACCCGACUGUAAACGGAUGUAGAUAUAUAAUAAUUCAAGUUGGAUACACAUAUGUAUUAGCAUUAUAUAUUGUACAUCCAGCUUCAAUUAUUUUUUCGUGUAGUCAACGAGCAAAGUGAACGACCGUUAGUCUGUGAAUAUCGCAUUAUCUCUAGAACUACCACCCACUAAUUGUUUUGCGAAAAAUACAAAACAUACGUUUGACAAAAUUACUCUUGAUUCUUAUCAGGAUAAAAAGAUUGAGGAAAUAGUUCAGGUUGGUAGUACUAGUGUCAGCAAAGAAUUCAUUUGACCAGGAUUACGUGGAUUUCCUGAGACUUGUACUUUGCUCAUAUGGAACGGAAUUGAAAUCGAAUGAUGUCCAUAUCCAUUCCUAAUGAGUCUGCAUUAACUGUCAAUAUGUAGUUCUUUGCCGCUUAUCACUUUGUACAUAGGAUAUGUGAAUAAUUGUCAGUGACGUGUGUAUUUAUGAUGUACAAUUGCAAGCAAAUGUAUGUUUUUAUUCUUGUGUAUACUUGUAUGUGUGUAUUCGGGUUGUUAUUUCUUGCAAUGAAUUCAGCUUACGAACACGGGGAGAUCGGUUGAAAAUUUUCCACGUGCUCUAUCGCCUGUCUGUAUUUCAAAUCUAAUCAAUUCAUUAUCCGUUAUCACGUUCUCGACUGUUCAUAAUUAAACAUAGACGUAUGGAGACAUUCCGAUUAAUGAGGGUUACGUGGAAUUUUUUCGAUGUCAAUUUCAUUGUCAAUUAUUGGUUUCCUUUCUUGUUCGCUGUUAUUGUUUUACCAGGAAGAUUCGUUGGAAAAAUAUUAUUGAACGAACAUAUCAAUAUUACGAAUGAAUCAUAAUUAGUAAAUCAGUGUAGUAGCUGGAAUUUAAAAUGAAGACUUGAUAAACAGAUUCAGUACUUUGAUAUGUAAAUUUUUUAGAUACAUGAAAUAUUUCAGUAUAUGAGAGCGUCUCUGAUACAACAUUUUCUCUGAUUAAAUCAUGGAAAAGUACUAUAUCUGUUAAAAAGUACAAAUGCGUAAUUGCAUUGGAUUGUACCAUAUUUAAAAACAUUUAUACUAUUUUUUGUCUCAACAGCUUUCUAUUUUAGAGAUCAAGUCCAAGCUCUUAUAUAUGUAUAUUCGAUGUAAAAGUUCAUAAUUGAUUGAAAUAAAGUGAAACAUAUGUAUACAUUGUUUGUUAUUUUCCUAACAGAUUUUUUUAUUUGAAAACUAUUUGGUCUACAAUUUUGUGCUAAAUACAAGCACAUCAUUUUUACGAUAGUUCUUAUCAAUGAUUCGUGUAUUUACA